AUGGACCUCCCCCUCCUCAUUCCCGUCCCGCCUUCAGCGGUGCGGAAGACCAUCCCAAACGAAGAGUGGGGAGCCACGCUGGAUGCAUGGAUUCUUCUCACAGAGUUGCGUCUGCACCUGUCGAAAAAAGAUCUCGGGGACUGCGCGCAUGCAGACCGAUUCAAUGCCACGUUUCUGGCAUCUUAUUUCGCUGCCUUUGAUGAUGCUCGCCUGCACGGGGGGUCCUCCAGCGUGCAGGGCAGCAGUAAGAAGACAAGGCAGCUACGGAGAGCAGUCUUCUUGCUCACGCGAAGGUACUUUUUAGAUGUCCUUCCUACCGCAGAUGCGAUGUUGGAUUGGCGGUUCCUCGGAGAUUUUAGCCAGUGUUAUCACUCAAGCUCGACGCUGAAAGAGCUGUUACUAGAAGUAUGGCAACGAUAUGAAGCUAAGAUCUCAGCAAGUGUCGAGAAAGGAAAGGCAGAGAUCAUGCAGAGACUGUCAGAUACUACUGGUUCCAAACCGGCAGUAUCACGGAGUGCAGCUGAUGUAGUCCUUGAACUUCGAAGAAUGAGCAUUCUCGCUUCGGCAUUACCGCAUGUUGGGCAUUUGCUGAUGACUGGGUCUGAUUAUCUCGAUUCUUUACAUGAGUCCUACAAAGCGACUCUCUCUACGGGCAAGGAUGGUUGGGAAGAGCUGAGAAAUGCGUUGGUCGCAAAUGUCUAUGUCGGGUUGACUUCGCUGCUCAAAGUGCCCAAGCCGAAUCUGUCGCUCCUGCUUGACCAACUGUUCACGCUCAAAGUUUCCUCAAAGGUAGGAAGUUCCGGAAGAAAUAGACGGACUCCAGAAUUACUGUCGGACUUGGUAUGCAGCACGGAUAUCCUGAUCCGGAUCGAGCGGUAUUUGGUGUCGGCGCCGCAGAAACGCGGCCAAGAUUUAAUCAGCUCGUUGAGGGAAUAUCAGCAGGAAAUGAAAUCGUAUCACAAUCGACACUACCAGCGGCACAAGAAGAGAAAGGGCAAAGGCAAAGCAGCUGCAGGUGAUGACGAGAGUGUACACGCCCACAAGCUGUCUUUAGUUACGCAGAUCCGCGAUCUCUUCCCGGAUCUUGGGGACGGAUAUGUUGUCCGUUUACUUGAUUACUAUAACGACAACGUCGAAACAAUAGUUGCGCAUCUACUUGAAAACUCGCUGGCGCCCGAGUUGCAGACACUUGACACAACCCAGCCUCUACCCACUCACAAUAUCCAGCAUGAUGCAUUGGAACCUCAUCACACCCCGGCACAACUGUCAUCCCCUCUACCAGAGUACAGACGGAACAUCGACCUGGAGGAUGACGAAAUCAUCCAAGCCGCACAAGCCUCUCUCACAAGGGAUGAAGGCAACAAGAAAAAGAAACUCCUCUUUGGCAGGGCCAACAUCGACUCCACAGCCGACAGCAUCCUAGCCGACAGAAGCCAGCACGCUGCAAACAAAGCAGCAAUCCUAUCGGCGCUGGCGAAUUUUGAUUCUGACGAUGACGAACGAGACGAUACAUACGAUAUCGCCGAUGUCGGUGGCACCGUGGACGCAAUCCACACCACAGGCGCGACAGAAGUCGAAGGCGAGGAAAAGGGAAGACGCGCUGGCGACGAGAAGGAUAAAAACACCACUACUACUAUUUCUGACCUCGACAUGACUCUGUACCGGAUAUGGAAAUCGAAUCCGACGCAAUUUGCGCGCGACUCCGCGACGCGACGCUCCCAGCCUCGGGAUGCGCUUAAACGCGAGACUGGCAUGACCGAUGAAGCUAUUGAGGGCUGGGCGGUGAUGUUGCAGCGUGAUGCAAAGAGGCAAUCACGACUGGAGAGGAAGUUGGCUCUUGAGACUGGGUUGGAGGGCGCGGGUACAGGUGCAGGUGUGGCGGGUCAGCCGACGCUUGCAUCUACUGCGUAUCGGAGACCGAACGCGAAAGCGGCGUUGGAUGAGGCUGAGGAUGUGCAGGGUGAUAUCAGUUCUUCGGUUGGUGAUCGCGGUAAUGCCAGAGGCCGCGGGAGGGGUGGUCGAGGACGAGGAGGGCGUGGACGAGGUGCGAAUCACCAUCGACGGGACCAGCAUGCGAAGAAAAUGGCGAAAGCGGGCGCGUUUCCUGGCUGA